AUGGACUUCGUAAAAAAUAUUUUUCAAGAGCUGCUGAAGAAAAAGGACCAACUUAUGGAAUUUUCAAAAUUAUCCGUAUUGUUAAGCGACCCCUUCACCUUCUUUUUUAUGUGCAUAUUUCUGUUCGUCCUCACGAGCAUAAUGACAUACCUGUACUGCUUUUGCAAGGGCUACGAACCCAGAAAGAGUCCCAAGGUACACCAAAUAUCCAAAAAGGUCAAGUAA